AUGUGUGGACACAAGUCCGAAGGUCAUAAAACACUGCCUGUGCAACCACUAAAGAGAGUCCCCCCAAAAGCAUGGACAUUGCUGCAGUAAAUGGUCUUCCUUACGAGGAUUUUGUUGAUAUAUUCGGAAAUGUGGUAGAAAAAUGUCCGAUAAUCACAGCUGCUGUGUGGACAAAACGUCCCUUUGCAAGUCUGAACGCUUUGGAGGCCGCCAUACAUGAGUUCAUCGAUGCUCUCCCACAAUCUGGCAAAGAAGGGAUCCUCAGGUGUCAUCCGGACCUCGCGGGCAGAGACCUGCACAGCGGCACGUUGACCCGAGAGUCGCGCGAGGAGCAGGCGCGAGCCGGGAUGCACGCGCUGGGCCCGGAAGAAUCUCGGCGCGUGGCACGGCUGAACGACGAGUACAAGCAGCGCUUCGGCUUCCCGUUUGUCAUCUGCGCACGGAUGAGUGAUAAAGCCAGCAUCUUGCUCCAGCUGUCCGAGAGGUGCAGAAACGAGCGCGCGGUGGAGCUGGCGCGCGGGAUCGAGGAGGUCAAGAAGAUCUGCCGCCUCAGACUUCAAGGUCUUGUGCAUAGUGACGCUCCAAACAAGUUGUGAAUCUGAACCUGUGACGUUUGCAUCGUAUUUCCAGUUUAACCUGAAUGGAAGGACAACUGCCGUCAGACUUAGAGACUGUGAUAUAUACUUUAUUUCAAAAUUACCGUCGGUGUUAUUGAUCCAUCCAAUAGGAAUGAUUCCAACAAUAAAAAUAAUGUCCACCAAUUACUCAUAUUCAGGAUUUGGCUUAGAUUUGUUUGGACCUACACGAGUUGAAACUGAUAUAUGGACAAUAAACACAGUUGAUAUGAUACACACUUUUCAUAAACAUAUUUCCUUACUUUCCACUUGACUGAGGUGAAAGAAAACUCAAUUUGACCGAGCAAGUGUUUGUACGAGUGAAACCCUGCUGUUCCUAAAGUG